AUGAACGAAGAUGAAUUUGAAAAACAAGUUGGAAAUAAUGAUGAUUUUAUUGAAGAUAUUAUUCUAUCAGCUGGUCGUAAUCUAUCAUUUGAAAAACGUCUUAAAUGUUUACAUCAAUCAGAUCGUAUUGAUCAAUUAUAUGGAUGUUUACGUUGUACAGGAUUUGAAGAACGUAUUGGUUGGCUUUCUAAUUUACAAUCAUAUGAAUUAUUUAAUGAAGAACGUCGAGGAUUUGUAUCAGCACUUAAUCUUUAUUCUAUUGGUGAAGUAGGUGAUCGAUUUGAAGUUUCACUUAUCUAUCCACCAUAUUUUUAUGUUGAAACAAAGCUUGGACGAGAAAAGGAUGUUUAUGCUUAUCUAUCUAAACGAUAUCAUAAUCGAUGUUUAUCAUUUGAUCUAAUUGCUAAAGAAGAUUUAGGUAAUUGA